CAGAGUAUAAAAGGUCUUCUAACUGAGUGAGCCUGUGGGGUUGGAACUGCCUACCUCCUCUCAUUCCUCCAUCCUUAGGCCUUAGUGAGGACAUUAUGGGCCCCACCUGGUCACUCAGUGUGUUUCUCCUUGGCUAUGUCUAUGGAAUGCCCAUCAACUUUCACAACAGCACCAGACAAAAUGAGACCCUUUUUGAACGAAACUACACACUGGACAACUCGACAGAAUUUGUUGAGACUAAUGACACAGGAAUCUCUCCCUUUCAAAUGAUCAUCUCAACCCAGUAUUUGGUUUCAACAGGGUAUGAAACUUUAUGGGCAAAUACAUAUUUUUAAGAUAUAACAUGUUGUAUAACUAAGUAGUCAUGUUAAAAAUACUCUUCAAAAUCUUUUUAAAGGGAAAAAUCACCAAACCAGCAAGACAUGUAAGAAUUGCUUAGUUUACAAAACUUUUUUGAUCAAUGAAUGUUGCAACAACAAUAAACAUUAACAACACUAAAAACAUAACAAUUUCCAUAUUGUUAUGCAUGUGACCUGUUUCAUAUCUAAACCUAUCUAAGCCUUUACCUCUCCAACCCCUGUUACAUUUUUCUCCAUAAGGAUUGUGAGGGUGGGGGCCAAGCAAUGCAUCCUGCCCACCUGUAUGACUGCCGUCCUCGGCUCCUCCUUGCAGAUAGGGGAUGAGAUAGCGGGCAGCUCUACUAGAGAUCCUCAGGGGAUAGGGAAGAAAUAAGAGCUGAUUUGUAAUAUUAUGACUAAGUGCUCAGACCAGAUAGUACACAGCUUUAUGGUGUAAACAUUGUAAUAAUCACAAUGGAUUCAACCUGAUAAAACAUGUCGGACAUGCAUGCUGAUUCUUGAUUAGUAAUGUUGUAAUGGAUGGCACCAUGAUAGAAAGGCUCCUUCUGUUUAACUCCACCAGAUACAAAAAUCAAAUUUAUUUCUGUAAUGCAUUUAAACAUAACCAAUGCCAACAAAGUGCUGUACAAUAAGUAAAAGAUAAAGCAUCAUAUAAAUUUACUAUACUUUUUACAAUACUAUUUAGUAUUCUUCACUCUAAAUGUUGACCAAUAAAAACAACUAAUACAAACCAGAAUUGGUGGCAUUAAUGACUGCUAUUCAAAUUAUGAACAUACUGUAUAUACCUGAUGUUCAAUAGAGAAGAUGUAACUAUUAAACAAGCAUUUAAACAAAUAGUUUUCCCAUUAUUCAUAUUAAUGUAAAUGUAUGCUUUCAAUUUGACCUUACAAGACAGUUUGAUCAUGAAGGACACAUAUUUGUGAUGCUUAGAAAUAUCAGUUUUCCAAUUUCAGCUACUGUAUUAUCGUUUUCCUUCAUGUCAAUAUCAGGCGCCUCAUGUUAGAAUAUUAAAGUGUCCAAUUGUCCUAAUAUCCCUAUCUAUCUCCUCACAGGUUAGACAGUCUGCAACAGAGGAAGGACAAAGAGUAUAACGUCACGACGGAGGUGCAGAGCUGGAAUGGUACAGAAUCAGAUGGCAACAUGACAAUGCUUACACCGAUGAAACUGCAUGUUCCCUAUCUUCGGGGAGUAUCAAGAGUCAAGAGCUGCCAGCUUAGUAUCUGUGCCCUUAUAAACCUGAGCCAUGAGAUGCAGUCAGGCGGAGACGAGAAAGCAGGCAGAGCAACGACAGACCCUCAUGGAAUCGGCAAGAGAUGAGAGGGAAGUCAAAGGGCCCUCGAGACCCUUGAUCAAAGCAGAUGUCAUAUGGCAUCAGCUGAGUGGAAAGUCAGAGUUGUUUGUUUAUUUAAUGAAUUUGAGUUAAAUCUAAUAAAAUUGCCGUUUUAUAAUCGUAUAAGUGUGCUAAUUUAGCCACCCUUUAGUGUUUGAUUGCAUGGCCAACACUUGUGACGGCAUGCGAUUAUUACGCGUAGGCCUACUGCCACAUUUGAGCUCAAAUGUUUGAAAAGUUCAAUGCUAGAGGGUUAUACCACCAACGGCACUUAGCUAAUAUACUAGACUAAUGGGUCAAUGUGUCGCGUUUAAGUGCCUGGGGUGUAUGCAUAGCUUAUAGAAAGCUGAUAUUACUAACAUUAAUGGUAUCAACACUAACCAAAUUGCUUUGCUGUUAGCGAAAGCGGCGGGACAGAGUCUGUAGCCUAUACAGACAAGAGAGUAGAAAACGUCCCAAGCGUUUUGGAAAGGGUAAAACAAGUUUGCGAAAAAUGGAUUCCCAUAUACAAGGAUUUUGGAGAGAGAGCAUUUUAAAAGAGAACAUGCUUCGGCUCAAUUGGUUUCGAGAUAACUGGACCAAAUACCAUAACACACCCAAAAAGGUGAGUGCAAAGGCAAGAGCAACACUGCCACAGAUCGCCAAACCUCCUCACGAAGGCACUCCAAGCCUGCCGACGGUCAAGGACAGAGGGCAGGAAAACAACUGCGAUCAGACGAUCCUGCCGAUGCGGCCAGUGUCGGGAGAGACUCGGAAAGUUCUUUAUGAUGGCUUUUCAAAAGAGCAGACUGGGCGCUAUAAAUACCUACUAAUGAGGAAAGCCAAAUCUCCAGAAGAAAAGUAUCCGUAUCCAUUAACCAGCAACUGCGAGUAUGGUUGGGGUUUAGGUGACACGACCAAGGCCUAUGUCCCAAUGUUUGCACUAAACGCCAUUGUGAGAGAUACCUUCUACCGCAAGAACGGCACCUUCCCGCACUCCACUCUCUCUGACAGGCUGGCAUAGAACCCGUUGGACCUACGGUGCU